AUGGCGCGUGGACAAGAGCCGCUCCGCCCGUCUGUCCCCGGACAGCAUAUCCUUGACGCGGUGCCGGGCGGGCGUGGAAAUGACGAGCAAGCGGCCGCCGGUCAAGCGCUGGCUGGGCGGCCCCCGACUAGUGUCGACUGGGACGGAGGGAUUGUGUACUCGCGCACGAAGUCUGGCACGAAGUACCCCGACUUCCUCAUCAGUUCGUACUACGGCCUCAAAGAGCCAGGGGGUCAGGAGCUGGAGCGGGAGGUGCCACGCCUCGUUGUUGAAGUCAGGUCGCUGCGUCCCGACGAGGUGAUUCCGACAAUCGACGACCGGAUCGCUAUAUUGAAACAGCUGCAAUCGUACAUGGCGCGAGUCGUCGCUCAUGUGGACCUCACGAAGCAUGAGCUGCCGUGGGGGCUAGCGAUCAUCGGGACUUACACAGCAUGGUUGCGCCCUAGCCGCCGCAACGCCCAAUGCGCAUGGGAGUACAUUGGCGGCUUUCACUCCGGUCGCGGAUACUGGACGAGCAUCUACGGGCUCGAAUUCCGAAAGUAUAUCAAUGAGCGGGCAGACAAGUGCCGUCUCAACUCCAUUGCCUACGCCCGUGCGUACCGGGAGAAGCUCGAUAACCUCCAGAACGCGCCGCCGGAAGUCAUCCUCCCAGCGUAG